AUGGACUGUCUUCAGAAUCCAAACCCUAGCUCAGCCGGCCCUUAUCACUUUGGAGAGAGCAUCGAUCCUUCCAUGGAUUUUGAUGAGUUUUCAGACUAUUUCAUGCUUGAUUAUGGUGUUGAUGAUCAUCAAGAUUCUUCGUCUUUAAGUAUCAUGUCGCCGGAGAAGUCCAUGGCUGACCGCUCUACUGGAUCCAGUGGUGGUGCAACAUCAAGAAAUAGCAACAAUAAUAUGAAAUGCAGAAAUGAGGGGAGGAGAAACAAGAUAGAAAUGGGUCAUAGGGUUGCUUUCAGAACUAAAUCGGAGCUGGAGGUUAUGGAUGAUGGAUUCAAGUGGAGGAAGUACGGAAAGAA